GCGCGAUGGGGGCGGCCGAGCCGCUGCGCUCGGUGCUGUGGGUGAAGCGGCAGCGCUGCGCCGUCAGCCUGGACCCCGCGCGGGCGCUGCUGCGCUGGUGGCCCAGCCCGGGGCCCGGAGCCGCCGUCCCCGGCGCGGCCAGUGGACCAGCAGGUGAUUCCUAAUCUCAAGAAGCUCUUCACCAAGCACCUGUUCCGCCACUGCCUUGAGGUGACGGAGAGCACAAACCUCACCCUUCGAGAGUUCUGGAAGGACCACUAUAACAUCGUGACAUGCCUCAGAAUUAUCGACAUGGCCUGGCAGGGUGUUACAAAGAGGACCUCGACUUCUGCAUGAAGAAGCUGUGGCCUGAGGUAGUGUCUGAAACGGAUUUUGAAAGACUCGCCCCCGAAGCGGCAGCGGUGGAGGAGACUGUAUCCCUCGGCAGGUCCAUGGGCCUGGACGUGGAUGAAGGUGACAUCAGCGAGCUCAUUGAGGAGCACUCCCAGGAACGGACAGCGCAGGAGCUAAAGGAGCUGCAGACGCAGCAGCACGCGGAGGUUUUGCAGGAAACAGAUGACACGGAGGAGGAGGAGGGGGUUAUCUCUGCGCCUGCUCGGUGCCCGUGGCGGAGAUCAUCGCCGUGGAGGAGACGGACAGUCACGGGAAGCCCCAGGGCAGCGGGAAGUGGCAGAAGAUGGAGCCGCCCUUCGCUUUCACAGUGCACUGCGUGAGGAGGGCCCGGCGCCGCCGCUGGAAGUGUGAGCAGGUGACGUUCUGUGGUGCCGACGAGCAGCUGUGCCACCUGUGGCUGCAGACGCUGCGGGAGCAGCUGGAUAAGCUGACCUGCAGACCGAAGCGCCUGCUGGUCUUCAUCAACCCGUUCGGAGGGAAGGGCCAGGGCCUGCGGAUCUACGAGCGGAAGGUGGCGCCGCUGUUCGCGCUGGCCGCCAUCUCCACCGAGGUCAUCGUCACGGAGCGAGCCAACCACGCCAAGGAGGCCCUGUAUGAGAUGAGCGUGGACAGCUACGACGGGGUCGUCUGCGUUGGCGGGGACGGCAUGUUCAGCGAGGUCCUGCACGGGCUGAUCGGCAGGACGCAGAGGAUGGCCGGCGUGGACCAGAACGAGCCCCGGGCGGCGCUGGUGCCCUGCCCGCUGCGCAUCGGCAUCAUCCCCGCAGGCUCCACAGACUGUGUGUGUUACUCCACCGUCGGGGUCAACGACCCAAAGACCUCUGCCCUGCACAUCAUCGUGGGGCCCAGCCCCUCGUCGCCGGGCAGGCAGGCCUUCCCCGAAGGUCCCUGGCCGCCUGCCACUGUCCUGUCCUGUGUGCCUGCCUCGCGGCCCCUCCGGAGGGACCCCUGUGCUGCAGGGGACUCGCUGCCCAUGGACGUGUCCUCCGUGCACCACCACGGCGCGCUGCUGCGCUACUCGGUGUCGCUGCUGGGCUACGGCUUCUACGGGGACAUCGUCAAGGACAGCGAGAAGAAGCGCUGGAUGGGGCUCAUCAGAUACGACUUCUCAGGCCUGAAGACCUUCCUGUCGCAUCACUGCUACGAGGGCACCGUGUCCUUCCUCCCGGCGCAGCACACGGUGGGGUCUCCGCGGGACGGGAAGCCCUGCCGGGCCGGGUGCUUCGUCUGCAGGCAGAGCAAGCAGCAGCUGGAGGAGGAGCAGAAGCGGUCGCUGUACGGCCUGGAGGGCUCGGAGGAGGUGGAGGAGUGGAAGGUCAUCUGUGGGAAGUUCCUGGCCAUCAACGCCGCCAACAUGUCCUGCGCUUGUCCCCGGAGUCCCCGGGGCCUGUCCCCGGCCGCCCACUUGGGAGACGGGUCUUCUGACCUGAUCCUCAUCCGCAAAUGCUCCCGGUUCAACUUCCUGAGGUUCCUCGUCCGGCACACCAACCAGGGCGACCAGUUCGACUUCACUUUCGUGGAAGUUUAUCGCAUCAAGAAGUUCCAGUUCGUGUCGAAGCAGGUGGAGGACGAGGACAGCGACCUGGGCGAGCGGGGGAAGCAGGGGCUGCGCCAGAUCUGCAGCCAGCACCCCUCCUGCUGCUGCAGCGCCGUCAGCAGCUCCUGGAACUGCGACGGGGAGGUGCUGAGCGGCUCCGCCGUGGAGGUCAGGGUGCACUGCCAGCUGGUCCAGCUCUUCGCACGCGGCAUCGAGGACGGCCCGUAGGGAACCUGCGGCCGAGACCCCAUCGCGUCGCCACCGCCUCGCUGUGCGUGGAAGCGUGAAAAUGGAGAGAACGCAACCGACCAAUGAUGUGGCUACGUACAUUCAGACUUAGAAGUUUAUUUUUGAUAGUUAAAUCUCGGUUUUAGAAAAAAUACCCUUUGUCCACGGUUCUGUGGGCGCAUCGGGCAUUUUCAGUUCCGCGUGACUCUCUGGGUUGCAUCUCACUAACGACCCUUCCCCAGCGUCGCUGUGGACUGGGCGCCGGCUUCUUAGACUUCAUCCGCGCUGACGGCCGACUUAAAAACGGCCCGUUAGUGGCUCUAGUUCAGUCGCUUUACAGACAGCGUCGCAGGAGAGCCCUCCGUCGAUGUCACCCGUCUGGACAGGAGGCGCCCGCCAUCACGCCGACCAGCUUUGCGAGACUUGCCUGGAGUUGUUCGUGGUCCCGUUCCGAACGCCGUGGGCUCCCGCCCCCCGUCCCACUGGAGCUCACCGUCCGGCACAUUCCUGCUCCUCCGGCUGUGCCCCGCAGGCACCACGCACGGGGGCCACGCUAGCGAGAGGCACGCGGAGUAGUCGCGCUCUCCCCGCAGCCUCAGCCUGGCCCGCCGUCCUCGGUCCCGGACAAUCGCCGGCGGCCCUGGGCCCGCGGUGCCCUGCUGUGUAGUUAGAAACACCGAUGCUUGCAGCCAGGAGGCGCCCUUUGUGACGUGUGAGCUUCAGACCCCGUGGGCGGGGGGGUUGGGAGGGUCCCACAUUCCAGGGGCGCUUGGUGCCGCCUCCCGUCUGGGUUUGUUCUUUUCUGACCUUCCCUUUCAUUUCUACAUAUUUAUUGACAGUUUUGUCCUUUUAAACCAGAGGAGUCAUUAGGUGUCUGGUGCUUGAGUUUGCUGUGGCCACAGCCCCGGACUGACCCCCGGGGCCCGGUCUGUGCCGUGGCCUUGUGGUCUGCGCUCGGCUCGGGGACAGCGAGGGUGCCUGUGCCCCGGCUCUGUCUAAAGACAGGAAGGUGUGACAGAGCUCUGGCCUGGACGGGGAAGGCUGGGCGUCCGGACGGCUCGGCGUGGGCUCUCACUCGGGCCCAGUGGCUCAGCGCGUGGCAGACAGCGGCGUCCUGAGUCCACGUGGGGGGCGUGUGACGUGUGAUGUGCAUGUGAAUCUCCUGUUCAUUCUCUCCCCCCACCCCCCGUCAGGCAAGAGCAGCUAUAACAGUGUUUUUCUUUUUUUUUUCAAAUAGACCGCGUUUAAGGCGAUUGGAUUGAUGGUUGGUGGGUGGAGGAGGUUUGGGCAUAAAGAACUGACUACACGCUGGCGCUUCUGUCCUGCCUGUUGUUCCUGGGAAGAAGCCGGAGACGCGGGACGAGCAGCUCCGUGUGGGGCAGUGGCCGCACCCACAGGGCCCAGUAUCUCCAGCAGCGAAGCGCUCCUGAGGGUCCCCCCGCGGGACCCCUGCUGGGCCGCCCGCCUCGACGUCCCGUGGACUC